GGUCAGAGUCACGUUGUUCCAGCUCACAGGGGGAUGACGAGGUGCAGAGCCACCGGUUAAUGAUGAAGAAGGAGAUCCACAAGAGGACCCUGCUGGGGUAUGAUGGGCAGGAGCACACCAGUGUGUAUGAGGAUUCCCAGAUACAGCAGGACACUGAACCACCUGAGGAGCUUCGCGAGUCUAUGCAGGAGAUCAUCAAUCAGUUCAUGCAGAUGGCACCUGAGCCCACGAACCUUCAUCUGCUGGAUGAGUCUGUGGAGGAGGAGGUCUGA